AUGUACUUAUUCCUGCCUGUCUCCAGCAAUAAUGCGCUCACUCCUCUUUUAAAUGCCCCACCACCCGGCCCAGACCAGCGCAAACCAAAGGGCCCAGAACGGCCAGUGCGUCCGGGAGUCCGCCGCCCUCCAGGCCCCCGGCUCCGCAGGACCGCUCACCUGACGCGUCCGGUCGUGCCGGGAACGACGUCGCCGGGCAGUGACAGAGGCCGGGGUUGGGGACGCCUGUCGCUACCCGCUCACCUGCGCCACAGCAGCGCCCGCUGCGACCUGCCAAAGCGCCCGGAUGCAGUGGCCACCGUUUGUUUUCAUUCCGGAUGGAUGCAUGCAGUUUGUCAAAACUUAAAUACUGAGGACGAAGUGGAAAAUGUAGCCGACAUUGGUUUUGAUUGUAGCAUGUGCAGACCCUAUUUGCCUGCAUCAAAUGUGCCUUCUUCAGACUGCUGUGAAUCUUCACUUGUAGCACAAAUUGUCACAAAAGUUAAAGAGCUAGAUCCACCUAAGACCUAUACCCAGGAUGGUGUGUGUUUGACUGAAUCAGGGAUGACUCAGUUACAGAGCCUCACAGUAACAGUUCCAAGAAGAAAACGGUCAAAACCAAAAUUGAAAUUGAAGAUUAUAAAUCAGAAUAGUGUGGCUGUCCUUCAGACCCCUCCAGACAUUCAGUCAGAGCAUUCAAGGGAUGGUGAAAUGGAUGAUAGUCGAGAAGGAGAACUUAUGGAUUGUGAUGGAAAAUCAGAAUCUAGUCCGGAGCGGGAAGCUGUGGAUGACGAAACUAAGGGAUUAGAAGGAACAGAUGGUGUGAAAAAGAGAAAAAGGAAACCGUACAGACCAGGUAUUGGUGGAUUUAUGGUACGGCAAAGAAGUCGAACGGGGCAAGGAAAAACCAAAAGAUCUGUGAUCAGAAAAGAUUCUUCAGGCUCUGUUUCUGAGCAGUUGCCUAGCAAAGAUGAUGGCUGGAUUGAGCAGUUACCAGAUACUGUAGUUGAUGAGUCUGUUUCUGUUGCUGAAAGCACUGAAAAAAUAAAGAAAAGAUACCGAAAAAGGAAAAAUAAGCUUGAAGAAACGUUCCCUGCAUAUUUACAGGAAGCUUUCUUUGGAAAAGACCUUCUAGAUACAAGCAGACAAAACAAGCGAAGUUUAGACCAUCUCUCAGAAGAUGCAUCCCAGUUUUCAUAUAGAACAAACAUGAACCCAGGCUUUUUGGACCCUUCCUUAGAUCCACUAUUGAGUUCAUCCUCAGCUCCCGCAAAACCUGGGACUCAGGGUACUGCUGAUGACCCACUGGCGGAUAUUUCUGAAGUCUUAAACACAGAUGAUGACAUUCUUGGAAUAAUCUCCGAUGACCUUGCAAAAUCAGCUCAUCACUCAGAUAUUGCUCCGGUUGCUGAUGAGUCUUCCUCUUUGCCUCAGCCAAGUGUCAGUCAGAGUUCACGACCAUUGAGUGAGGAACAACUGGAUGGGAUCCUGAGUCCUGAGCUAGACAAAAUGGUCACAGAUGGAGCAAUUCUUGGAAAGUUAUAUAAAAUUCCAGAACUUGGAGGAAAGGAUGUAGAAGACUUGUUUACUGCUGUACUGAGUCCUGUUGCCACACAGCCAGCUCCAUUACCACAGCCUCCCCCUCCGCCCCAGCUGCUGUCAAUACACAGUCAGGAUGUUUUUUCACGGAUGCCACUCAUGAAUGGCCUUAUUGGACCCAGCACUCAUCUCCCACAUAAUUCUUUGCCUCCUGGAAGUGGAUUGAGAACUUUCUCUGCUAUAGCACAAUCCCCUUACACUGAUGCCAGGGAUAAAAAUCCAGCAUUCAAUGCAAUAGCAAGUGACCCUAACAGCUCUUGGGCACCAUCAGCCCCCACUAUGGAAGGAGAAAACGAUACCAUGUCAAAUGCCCAGAGGAGUACCCUUAAGUGGGAGAAGGAGGAGGCUCUUGGUGAAAUGGCAACAGUUGCUCCAGUUCUCUACACAAAUAUUAAUUUCCCCAACUUAAAGGAAGAAUUCCCUGACUGGACUACUCGAGUAAAGCAGAUUGCUAAAUUGUGGAGAAAAGCAAGCUCUCAGGAAAGAGCACCAUAUGUGCAAAAAGCAAGAGAUAACAGAGCUGCUUUACGCAUUAAUAAAGUCCAGAUGUCAAAUGAUUCCAUGAAAAGGCAGCAACAGCAAGACAGCAUCGAUCCCAGCUCUCGCAUUGACUCAGAUCUUUUUAAAGAUCCCUUAAAGCAGAGAGAAUCAGAACAUGAACAGGAGUGGAAAUUUAGACAGCAAAUGCGUCAGAAAAGUAAGCAGCAAGCCAAGAUUGAAGCCACACAGAAACUGGAACAGGUGAAGAAUGAACAGCAGCAGCAGCAGCAGCAGCAGCAGCAGCAACAGCAGCAGCAGCACCUUCUGGUUCCCUCUGGUUCAGAUACUCCAAGUAGUGGGGCACAGAGUCCCUUGACACCUCAGCCCGGCAAUGGAAAUGUGUCUCCUGCACAGACAUUCCAUAAGGAUCUGUUCUCCAAACAGCUACCCAGCACCCCUGCUUCCACACCUUCAGAUGAUGUGUUUGUCAAGCCACAAGCUCCACCCCCUCCUGCAACCCCCUCCCGGGUACCUGUUCAGGAGGGUCUUUCUCAGUCUCAGAAUUCCCAGCCACCUUCUCCACAGAUGUUUUCACCUGGAUCUUCUAACCCCCGACCACCAUCUCCAAUGGAUCCUUAUGCAAAAAUGGUUGGUACCCCUAGACCACCUCCCCAUAGUUUCCCCAGAAGAAAUUCUGUUGCACCAGUGGAGAACUGUGUGCCUUUAUCAUCAGUAUCUAGGUCCAUUCCAGUGAGUGAGACAACAGCCAGCAGGCCAUCCCCAGCCAGAGACUUACGUUCUUCCUCCACAACAAAUAAUGACCCCUAUGCAAAGCCUCCAGACACACCUAGACCCAUGAUGACAGAUCAGUUUCCUAAACCUUUGGGCCUACCUAGGACUGUGGUUGCAGAACAAACUGCAAAAGGUCCUCUUGAAGCUGGAACCAAUGAUCACUUUACUAAACCACCUCCCAGAGUAGAUGUGUUUCAGAGACAACGGAUUCCUGACCCAUAUGCACGACCCUUGUUGACUCCUGUACCACUUGAUAGUGGCACUGGGCCUUUUAAGACUCCACUGCACCCUCCUCCAUCUUCUCAGGAUCCUUAUGGAUCAGUGUUACAGGCAUCAAGACGAUUAUCUGUUGACCCUUAUGAAAGGCCUGCCUUGACACCUAGACCUGUAGAUAAUUUUUCUCAUAGUCAAUCAAGUGAUCCAUAUAAUCCCCCGCUAACUCCAUAUCCAGCAGUGAAUGACUCUUUUACCCAUUCUUCAAGGGCUUUUUCUCAGCCUGGAACCGUAUCACGGUCAACACCUCAGGACCCAUAUUCCCACACCCCAGGAGCUCCUAGACCUGUUGUAGAUUCUUAUUCCCAACCCUCAGGAACAGCUCGGUCCAAUCCAGACCCUUACUCGCAGCCUCCAGGAACUCCCCGGCCCACAACUGUUGAUCCAUACAGUCAGCAGCCACCAGCCCCCAGGCCAUCUCCACAGACAGACAUGUUUGUUACACCUGCAGCAAAUCAGAGGCUCUCUGAUCCAUAUGCUCACCCUCCUGGGACACCAAGACCUGGAAUUUCUGUUCCCUACUCUCAGCCACCAGCAACACCAAGGCCAAGGACUUCAGAGGGCUUUACUAGGUCUUCAGGUGCAAGACCAACCCUCAUGUCAAAUCAGGAUCCUUUCCUACAAGCAGCACAAAACCGAGCACCAGUUUUAACUGGCCCUUUGGUAAGGCCACCUGAUUCAUGCUCCCAGACACCUCGGCCGCCUGGACCAGGCCUUUCUGACACGUUUAGCCGGCUCUCCCCAUCCACUGCUCAUGACCCCUGUGAGCAGCCUCCAGUGACGCCAAGGCCUCAGGCUGACUCUUUUGCAGCCAGCCAAGCUGGUCAUGAUGUUGAGCAGCCAGGGCCCGGGUCAGAGGGGAGCUUCAGCAUGCCUGCAAACCCUGCUGUGGGUUCCCAAGGCCAGCAGUUCUCUAGUGUCACCCAGCUUCCUGGACCUGUGCCGACUUCAGGAGGAAAUGACGCACAGAACACUGUGAAUAUGUCUCAAGCAGACUCGGAGAAACUGAGACAGCGGCAGAAGCUUCGUGAAAUCAUACUGCAGCAGCAGCAGCAGAAGAAGAUUGCCAGUCGCCAAGAGAAGGGGCCUCCAGAAGCUCCAGUAGCGCCCCACCCAGGGCCCCUGCCACAUUGGCAGCCAGAGAGUAUCAGCCCGACAUUUGCUCGACCUCCACCUCCCUAUCCUGGGAACAUUCGAUCACCAGUUGUUCCUCCUCUAGGACCCAGAUAUGGUGUCUUCUCCAAAGAUCAGCGUGGACCCUAUCCUCCUGAUGUUGCUGGUGUGGGCAUGAGACCUCAUGGAUUCAGGUUUGGAUUCCCAGGGAAUAAUCAUGGAACCAUGUCCAGUCAGGAUCGCUUCUUUAUGCCUCCUCAACAAAUACAAGGACCUGGAAUUCUUCCACACCUAAGAAGAUCCGUAUCUAUGGAAAUGCCCAGACCUUUAAAUAACUCGCCAAUGAAUAACCCAGUUGGGCUUCCUCAGCACUUUCCACCACAGGGCCUGCCAGUUCAACAGCAUAACAUACUGGGCCAAGCAUUUAUUGAGCUGAGGCAUAGGACCCCUGAUGGAAGGCCUCGGCUGCCCUUUACUGCUUCUGCUGGCAGUGUUAUAGAGGCAUCUUCUCUUCCAAGACAUGGAAACUUCAUUCCCCGCCCAGAAUUUCCAGGCCCUAGACACACAGAUCCCAUGAGACGACCUCUUCAGGGUCUACCUACUCAGCUACCUAUUCAUCCAAAUUUGGAACAGGUACCACCAUCUCAACAAGACCAAGGUCAUCCUGCCCAUCCAAAUUCUAUGGCCAUGAGGCCUCUGAAUCAUCCCUUAGGUGGUGAAUUUUCUGAGGUUCCUUUAUCAACAUCUGCCCCAGCUGAAACAACAUCUGACAAUUUGCAGAUAACCAGCCAAUCUUCUGAUGGUCUGGAAGAAAAGCUAGAUUCUGAUGACCCAUCUGUGAAAGAACUAGAUGUUAAAGACCUUGAGGGUGUUGAAGUCAAAGACUUAGAUGAUGAAGAUCUUGAAAAUUUAAAUUUGGACACAGAAGAUGGCAAGGGUGUUGAACUGGAUACUUUAGAUAACUUGGAAACUAAUGAUCCCAACCUGGAUGAUCUCUUGAGGUCAGGGGAGUUUGAUAUCAUUGCAUAUACAGACCCAGAACUUGACUUGGGAGAUAAGAAAAGCAUGUUCAAUGAGGAACUAGAUCUUAAUGUUCCAAUUGAUGAUAAGCUAGAUAAUCAGUGUGUAACUGUUGAACCCUCCCAGAAGGAGCAAGAAGACAAAACUGUAGUUCCCCUGGAUAAUGAUUUACCACAGAAAAAAUCUGUUACCAGUGAGAUAAAAACAGAAGUCCUGUCUCCAAAUUCUAAAGAGGAAAGCAGAUGCGAAAUUGAGAAAAGUGAUGAGAAUAAAGACAAUAUUGACACUCCAUGCUCACAGUCUUCUGUUAACACAGACCUGAAUGAGGGGGAAAAAGCUACUUUGCUGCCUUCUGAUCCAGAGAAAAGAACUAGCCAGGAAAGUGCUGCCUCCAAUGCAAGUGCCAUUCAAGGAUCCACUCCACUGCCUGCUCAGGAUGUAAUGAACUCUUGUGAUAUAACCGGAUCAACUCCAGUUCUCUCAAGUUUACUUGCUAAUGAAAAAUCUGAUAAUGCAGACACUAGGCCUUUGAGGUCUCCCCCACCAACUCUGCCAGUGUCACCAUCCAGUCCUGUGGCAAGUUUGCCUCCUCCUUUAAUGGCACCAUCUGGCCCUCUUUUGGACAGUGCCAUGAAUUCUAAUGUAACAGUAGUCUCUAGGGUAAACCAUGCUUUCUCUCAGGGUGUCCAGGUAAAUCCAGGAUUCAUUCAGGGUCAGUCAACAGUUAACCACAAUUUGGGGACAGGAAAACCUACAAAUCAAACUGUGCCUCUCACAAAUCAGUCCAAUACCAGUGGCAUGCCUGGACCCCAACAGCUAAUGAUUCCUCAACAGAAUAGAGAGAGGCCUCUCCUCCUAGAGGAACAGCCUCUGCUUCUACAGGAUCUUUUGGAUCAAGAAAGGCAAGAACAACAGCAGCAAAGACAGAUGCAAGCCAUGAUUUGCCAGCGGUCAGAGCCAUUCUUCCCUAACAUUGAUUUUGAUGCAAUUACAGAUCCUAUAAUGAAAGCCAAAAUGGUGGCCCUGAAAGGUAUAAAUAAAGUGAUGGCACAGAACAACCUGGGCAUGCCACCAAUGGUGAUGAGCAGAUUUCCUUUCAUGGGCCCACCGGUGGCUGGAACACAGAACAGUGAAGGCCAGAGCCUGGUGCCACAGGCCGUUGCUCAGGAUGGCAGUAUAACACAUCAGAUUUCUAGGCCUAAUCCUCCAAAUUUUGGUCCAGGCUUUGUCAAUGACUCUCAACGUAAGCAGUAUGAAGAGUGGCUUCAGGAGACCCAGCAGCUUCUUCAGAUGCAGCAGAAGUAUCUUGAAGAACAAAUUGGUGCACACAGGAAAUCUAAGAAAGCCCUGUCAGCCAAACAGCGCACCGCCAAGAAGGCAGGGCGAGAGUUCCCAGAAGAGGAUGCAGAGCAGCUUAAGCAUGUCACCGAGCAGCAGAGCAUGGUUCAGAAACAGCUGGAGCAGAUUCGUAAACAACAGAAAGAGCAUGCUGAGUUGAUUGAAGAUUAUCGGAUUAAGCAGCAGCAGCAACAGCAGCAGUGUACCCUGGCCCCGCCCAUCCUAAUGCCUGGUGUACAGCCCCAGCCACCCCUUGUUCCAGGUGCCACCCAACCCACCAUGAGCCAGUCCAGCUUCCCCAUGGUGCCACAGCAGCUUCAGCACCAGCAGCACACAGCAGUCAUCUCUGGCCACACUAGCCCUGCUAGAAUGCCCAGUUUAUCUGGAUGGCAACCUACCAAUUCCCCUGCACACCUCCCCCUCAAUCCUUCCAGAAUUCAGCCUCAAGUUACCCAAUUACCAAUAAAAACUUGCACGCCAGCCCCAAGUACCGUGUCAGCUGCAAGUCCACAGAGUGGGCCACCACCACGAGUAGAAUUUGAUGAUAACAAUCCCUUUAGUGAAAGUUUUCAAGAACGGGAGCGGAAGGAACGUUUACGAGAACAGCAGGAAAGACAACGAAUCCAACUCAUGCAAGAAGUAGACAGGCAGAGAGCUUUGCAGCAGAGGUUGGAGAUGGAGCAGCAUGGCUUAUUGGGCUCCGAGCUAAGCAGCAGGACAUCUGUGUCUCAGAUUCCAUUCUACAGUUCUGAUCGACCUUGUGAUUUUAUGCAGCCCCCUAGACCCCUUCAGCAGUCUCCACAGCCCCAGCAACAGAUGGUGCCAGCUUUACAGCAGCAGAGUGUCCAACAAGGAUCUGUUAGUUCACCCUCCACCCAGACUUUCAUGCAAGCCAAUGAGCGAAGGCAGGUAGGACCUCCCUCAUUUGUUCCUGAGUCACCAUCUGUUCCUGGAGGAGGCUCAAGCUUCCAUUCUGUUAAACAGGGGCAUGGAAGUCUCUCUGGUACCAGCUUCCAGCAGACCCCAUUGAGGCCUGCCUUUACACCUGCGUCAUCAGCAGCUCUUCCAGUAGCUAACAGUCUCCCUUGCAGCCAAGACUCUGCUAUAACACAUGGACAGAGUUAUCCAGGAUCAACCCAGUCUCUUAUUCAGUUGUAUUCUGAUAUAAUCCCAGAAGAAAAAGGAAAAAAGAAAAGAACAAGAAAGAAGAAAAAAGAUGAUGAUGCAGAAUCCACCAAAGCACCAUCAACUCCCCAUUCAGAUAUAACUGCUCCACCAACUCCAGGCAUCUCAGAAACUACCUCCACUCCUUCAGUGAGCACACCCAGUGAGCUUCCUCCACAGGGAGAGCCAGACUCCAUGGAGCCAAUCGGGCCACCAACUCCCAGUGUGGUCACAGGCCAGCCGUGUACAGAAUUAGAAACCAAACUUCUUAGCAGUGAUUUCUCACAAGGAGCUGCAAAUCACCAUACAUAUGCAAAUUCAGAAACGGAUAAGCUCACCAUGGAAACCCCUGCCAAAACUGAAGAGUUAAAACUGGAAAAGGCUGAGCCAGAGCCAGGCCCAGGUCAAAAGGAAUCCAAACUGGAGGAGCAGAUUGGUAGUAAGGUAGAAGAAGGUGCUAUGGCCGAGCCUGUCUCCUCAGCCCAGAGUCCUUCCCAUUCUGCUGGGGCCCCUGCCGCCAAAGGAGACUCAGGAAAUGAACUGCUGAAACACUUGCUGAAAAAUAAAAAGUCUUCUUCCCUUUUAAAUCAAAGACCUGAAGGCAGUUUCUGUUCAGAAGACAGCUGCACGAAGGAUAGCAAGCUGGUUGAGAAGCAGAGCCCAGUGGAAGGAUUGCAAACUUUGGGGGCUCAAAUGCAAGGUGGUUUUGGAUGUGGCAACAGCCAGUUGCCAAAAACAGAUGGAGGAAGUGAAACCAAGAAACAGCGAAGCAAACGGACUCAGAGGACUGGGGAGAAAACAGCACCUCGCUCAAAGAAAAGGAAAAAGGAUGAGGAGGAAAAACAGGCGAUGUACUCCAGCUCUGACUCCUUUACCCACUUGAAACAGCAGCUCUCUCUGCUCCCUCUAAUGGAACCGAUCAUUGGAGUGAACUUUGCGCACUUUCUUCCUUACGGCAGUGGCCAAUUUAAUAGUGGGAAUCGACUUCUAGGAACUUUUGGCAGUGCUACCCUUGAAGGGGUUUCGGACUACUAUUCUCAGUUGAUCUACAAGCAGAAUAAUUUAAGUAAUCCUCCAACACCCCCUGCCUCUCUUCCUCCUACACCACCUCCUAUGGCUUGUCAGAAGAUGGCAAAUGGUUUUGCAACAACUGAAGAACUUGCUGGAAAAGCUGGAGUGUUGGUGAGCCAUGAAGUUACCAAAACUCUAGGACCAAAGCCGUUUCAGCUGCCAUUCAGGCCACAGGAUGACUUGCUGGCAAGAGCCAUUGCUCAAGGCCCAAAGACAGUGGACGUUCCAGCCUCACUUCCCACGCCACCUCACAAUAACCAGGAGGAAUUAAGGAUACAGGAUCACUGUGGUGAUCGGGACACUCCUGACAGCUUUGUUCCCUCGUCCUCUCCUGAGAGUGUGGUUGGGGUGGAAGUGAGCAGGUAUCCAGAUCUGUCAUUGGUCAAAGAGGAGCCUCCAGAGCCGGUGCCAUCCCCUAUUAUUCCAAUUCUUCCUAGCAUCGCUGGGAAAAGUUCAGAGUCAAGAAGGAAUGACAUCAAAACUGAGCCAGGCACUUUAUUUUUUACAUCACCUUUUGGUUCUUCCCCAAAUGGCCCCAGAUCGGGUCUUAUCUCUGUAGCAAUUACCCUGCAUCCUACAGCUGCUGAGAACAUUAGCAGUGUUGUGGCUGCGUUUUCCGACCUUCUUCACGUGCGAAUUCCUAACAGCUAUGAGGUUAGUAAUGCUCCAGAUGUUCCAUCCAUGGGUUUGGUCAAUAGCCACAGAGUAAACCCAGGUUUGGAGUAUCGACAGCAUUUACUUCUUCGUGGGCCUCCACCAGGAUCUGCAAAUCCUCCCAGAUUAGCAAGCUCUUACCGGCUGAAGCAGCCUAAUGUACCAUUUCCUCCAACAAGCAAUGGUCUUUCUGGAUAUAAGGAUUCCAGUCACGGUAUUGCAGAAGGUGCAGCCCUCAGACCACAGUGGUGUUGUCACUGCAAAGUGGUUAUUCUUGGAAGUGGUGUGCGGAAGUCUUUCAAAGACCUGUCCUUUGUGAACAAGGAUUCCCGAGAGUGCGCUAGGAGGAUGGAGAAGGACAUUGUCUUUUGUAGUAAUAACUGCUUUGUUCUGUAUUCAUCAACUGCACAAGCAAAAAACUCAGAAAGCAAGGAAUCCAUUCCUUCACUGCCACAGUCCCCUAUGAGAGAGGUGCCUUCCAAAGCAUUUCACCAGUACAGCAACAACACCUCCACUUUGGAUGUGCACUGUCUCCCACAGCUCCAGGAAAAAGCUUCCCCACCCCCAUCACCUCCCAUCACAUUCCCUCCUGCCUUUGAAGCAGCCAAAGUAGAGGCCAAGCCUGAUGAGCUCAAGGUAACAGUUAAGUUAAAGCCUCGGCUGAGGACUGUUCACGGCGGGUUUGAAGAUUGUAGACCACUAAAUAAAAAGUGGAGAGGUAUGAAGUGGAAGAAAUGGAGCAUUCAUAUUGUAAUCCCCAAGGGGACAUUUAAACCGCCUUGUGAGGAGGAAAUAGAUGAAUUUCUAAGGAAAUUGGGCACUUCUCUUAAACCUGACCCUGUGCCCAAGGACUAUCGAAAGUGUUGCUUUUGUCAUGAAGAAGGUGAUGGACUGACAGAUGGACCAGCAAGGCUGCUCAACCUUGACUUGGAUCUGUGGGUCCACUUGAACUGUGCUCUGUGGUCCACGGAGGUCUAUGAGACUCAGGCUGGUGCCUUAAUAAAUGUAGAGUUAGCACUGAGAAGAGGACUGCAAAUGAAAUGUGUCUUCUGUCAUAAGACUGGUGCUACCAGUGGAUGUCACAGAUUUCGAUGCACCAACAUUUAUCACUUUACUUGCGCCAUUAAAGCACAAUGCAUGUUUUUUAAGGACAAAACUAUGCUUUGCCCCAUGCAUAAACCAAAGGGGAUCCACGAGCAAGAACUAAGUUACUUUGCAGUCUUUAGGAGGGUCUAUGUGCAGCGGGAUGAGGUGCGACAAAUCGCUAGCAUCGUGCAACGAGGAGAACGGGACCACACGUUCCGUGUGGGAAGCCUCAUCUUCCACGCAAUAGGUCAGCUGCUUCCACAGCAAAUGCAAGUGUUCCACUCUCCUAAAGCGCUCUUCCCCGUGGGCUAUGAAGCCAGCCGCUUGUACUGGAGCACGCGCUAUGCCAACAGGCGCUGCCGCUAUCUGUGUUCCAUUGAGGAGAAGGAUGGGCGCCCAGCAUUUGUCAUCAGGAUUGUGGAGCAGGGCCAUGAAGACCUAGUCUUAAGUGACUCAUCACCCAAAGGUGUUUGGGAUAAAAUUUUGGAGCCCGUGGCAAGUGUGAGGAAAAAGUCUGAGAUGCUGCAGCUUUUCCCUGCGUAUUUGAAGGGAGAAGACUUGUUUGGCUUAACUGUGUCCGCAGUGGCACGGAUUGCUGAAUCGCUACCUGGGGUUGAGGCAUGUGAAAAUUACACUUUCCGAUAUGGCCGAAAUCCUCUCAUGGAGCUCCCCCUUGCCGUUAACCCCACAGGCUGUGCCCGUUCUGAACCUAAAAUGAGUGCCCAUGUCAAGAGGCCUCACACCUUGAACAGCACCAGCACCUCCAAGUCCUUCCAGAGCACAGUCACUGGAGAGCUGAAUGCACCCUACAGUAAGCAGUUUGUGCACUCCAAGUCAUCACAGUACCGAAGAAUGAAGACCGAGUGGAAAUCCAAUGUGUAUCUGGCUCGGUCUCGGAUCCAGGGCCUGGGCCUGUACGCUGCCAGGGACAUUGAGAAACACACCAUGGUCAUUGAGUACAUCGGGACUGUCAUCCGGAACGAAGUGGCAGACAGGAAAGAGAAACUGUACGAGUCCCAGAACCGGGGUGUGUACAUGUUCCGUAUGGACAAUGACCACGUGAUUGAUGCCACUCUCACAGGAGGGCCUGCAAGAUAUAUAAACCAUUCAUGCGCCCCUAACUGUGUGGCUGAAGUGGUGACUUUUGAGAGAGGACACAAGAUUAUCAUCAGCUCCAAUAGGAGGAUCCAGAAAGGAGAAGAGCUCUGCUACGACUAUAAGUUUGACUUCGAAGACGACCAGCACAAGAUUCCGUGCCACUGCGGAGCGGUCAACUGCCGGAAGUGGAUGAACUGAAUGCAUUCCUGCUGUCUCAGCGGUGGCUCGUCCCUAGGAAGAGGCGAUUCUACAUGCCAUUGGAAUUUUGCAGACAGAAAGAUACUUUUGUUUUCUGUUUAUGACUUUUUGAAAACAGCUUCUGGGAGCUCUGGUUCCUCAGCCUUUUGGUUAAGGGAGUGCGGGAGAAGCCGACCAAGCAGGUCUCCUGUGCUGGGGUGAGCAGAGUCGCAGAACGGUCCAGCACUUUUGCUUUUCUUCUGUUACUUUUCUUUCUUUUCCUCCUCUUUGUUUCCUUUUUGGUGGGUUUUGUUUUGUUUUGCUUUGGUUUUUUUUCAGUUUGUUUCGUUUUGUUAGUUAGUCUCACUAAGGAGAAACUUUUACUAGGGCAAAGAGCCGACGGCUGUCCUGCCCCAGGGUGGGGAGCCUUCCUAUGAAUGUAAGUGAAAUCACCAGCGAAAGGGGUGUCCGGAGCGCUGGCCGCGCCUUGCUGAGGGGCAGGCCACCACUGAUGAAGGAAUGUACUGAGAGGACUUCCUUAGGGACAGAGCUAAGGGACGAUAACUUGCACUAAACACAUUUAAAUACUUGAUUCCAUGAGUCAGUCAUUGUAGUUUUUGAUUUCUGUAAAAUAAGAGAAACUUUUUGUAUUUAUUAUUGAAUAAGUGAAUGAAGCUAUUUUUAAAUAAAAGUUAGAAGAAAGCCAAGCUGCUGCUGUUACCUGCAGAACUAACAAACCUGUUACUUUGUACAAAUAUGUAAAUAUUUUGAGAAAAAUACAGUAUAAAAAUAGUUAUUGACCAAAUGCUACCAGGCUCUGCAGCAGCUCGGGUGCUUAUAAACAUCAUAGGGAUGUUACAAUAUAAUUUUGUGUUAUUAAAGAUGCCAUUGUAAUUAUGUAAUAACCAAAAGUUCACCCUUGAGUGUCAGGGUUUUUGGAAACCAUGUCCAUUAGACUUAAUUGUUUUAUACACCUAACUUCUGACAGAACAGUGUAUGCUUAUGACUACAACUUUUAUAGCUGUUUUGGUAAGUUAAACUAAUUUUUCAUAUUAUAUUGUUGCAUCCCUACUUCUUCAGUCAGGUUUUUUGUGCUUACAAUUUGUGAUAACUGUGAAUAACUGCUUAAAAAUACACCCAAAUGGGGGCUGAAUUUUUUCUUCAGCAAAGUAGUUUUGAUUAGAACUUUGUUGCAGACCACAGAGAAUCAUGUCCACAUAAUAGAAUCAUGUAGCAGGAACUAACCCUAACUCCUCAGACUUCUAUUUAACACAAAAAAUUGAAAAAGAAAAAAAAAAUAAAUAAAAGAGGGGGUGAUUAUG